AUGUUCAAAUCAACGCGUUGUAACCGUUGCAACGGUUCAAGUCUAAACAGUGACUUUUGCAUUCAAAUGUCAGAAGAAAAUGCGGGGCCGAGGCAAGGCGAGCGACGAACGGAGGCGAGGCAGCAAAGAGGCGGCAAGAUUACCGAGUGCGGAAAGUAUUGCGGCCCUGCGGCAAACGGCCCCACAAUUUCGUUCAGCAGCUUCCGACAGUCCUUCACCUCGAAUGUCAAUUACUUGAAGAGACGCUUCAGCUCCGGGGACCUGUCCUCGGAGUGCGACGAUGCCGAUGCGCCCAUCGACCCGUACGCGCCACCUGGCGCCAACAAGCCCACACCUGUCACGUCACAACCUCAGGCUCCACCACCUCCUCCACCCUCUCAAUCGAGCAGCACGACCAGCGAUCUGUCUCUCAACCUGAGAUCCGGGUCUAAGACCACUAGCGCCCCUAGCAGCCCUGCCAAGUCCAGGGAAUCCCUCCUUCAAAGGGUCCAAUCGUUGACUGGACAAGCCAAGGAGCAAGGAGCAUCAAUCCUAGGGGCUGCAGUGUCUAGUGCCACAUCCAGAGUGAGUGCCACCGUGUCUGGAAGACAUCUGACUCUACUGGUUAUUGAUGAUCAAAAUACCGAUUGGAGCAAGUAUUUCCGUGGCAAAAAAAUCGGUGAUUAUGACAUACGUGUGGAACAAGCAGAGUUCAGGGAAAUCACCGUAACCGCUACCGCUGAGGCGUCUAUUGUGUCAAUGGCGGUAUUCAGAGGCGGAACAAGAGUUGGCCGGUCUUUCAGACCAGAUUUUCUUUUGGUUAGACAGAAUCUGAAGGAUGCCGGUGAGAACUACAAAAGGCUGAUGUUAGCUCUCAAAUUUGGAGGAGUGCCCAGCAUUAAUAGCAUAAAUUCCAUUUUUAAUUUCCAGGACAAGCCUUGGGUCUUCGGUCACCUUCUCCAAAUCCAAAGACGGCUGGGCAAGGAAUGUUUUCCUCUUAUUGAGCAGACCUUUUACCCUGACCAUCGGGAAAUGAUAACUGCUCCCCGUUACCCUGUGGUCCUGAAAAUCGGCCACGCACACGGCGGCUUAGGCAAAGUCAAAGUGGACAACGUAAACGACUUCCAAGACAUGGCUUCCGUGGUUGCCGUAUCGAAAACCUACUGCACUGUUGAGACCUACAUCGACUCGAAAUACGACAUCCACGUCCAAAAAAUCGGCACUAACUACAAAGCGUUCAUGAGAAAAUCCAUUUCCGGAUGCUGGAAAACCAACACUGGGUCUGCUAUGUUGGAACAGAUUUCAAUGCCGGAAAGAUACAAGAACUGGAUCGAUGAAGUUUCGGAUUUAUUUGGAGGUUUGGAUAUAUGCGCUUUGGAAGUUGUAGUCGGCAAAGACGGGCGAGAAUACAUCAUAGAAGUUAAUGAUAGUGCUUUAACACUUCUUGGUGAUUCGCAAGAGGAGGAUAGGAGACAUAUAGUUGAUUUGGUUGUGUCUAGGAUGCAGGCUAUAUGUAGACCUAGAACUCCGCCAAGUGAGGAGCCUGUACCACCGCCUGUUGGUCCAAGAGGUAUCCUGGGAAGCCUUACAAGCCUUACUCAUUCUGAGACACCACCUCCAAGUGCUAGUAGCGAUCAUUCUUCUUUGGCUAAUGUUGGAAGAAGAGACAGUCAAGCUUCCCAGUCAAGUGUAGGUAGUUCAGCACCUAGCACAGGCCGUCUUCCAGACCCACCUCCAAGACCAUUCCAAAGACAGGGCAGCCAGCAAGCGACCUCAGAAGAUUCCGAAGACACCAUGAAAAAUCUACGGAAAACGUUCGCCGGUAUAUUCGGAGACAUGUAAUUUGCUUAAAAAUAAAAUAACGAACAAGUUUGUUGCGAUCGCUUUGUUAUGUUUUGUUUAUUUAGAAAUAUAUUACGUUACUAAAAUGCUGAUUGUUGAAACAGUAAGAUUGUUGAACCUGUGGCCUUCCGAACGACACUAUUUUAUACAGAAAGAGAGAAUUUACGAAAAGGACCCUUUAUCAACAAUUAUUAAUCUGAAGAAAAAUAACCAUACACCAUUUUGGUGAAAAAAAGGUUCCAUGUGUUAUCCUCUUUGUGUGGAUGUGCAUAUCACUAGAUUUUGUACAAUGUUAGAGAGCAGAUAGGUUUUGUAUAAAAUAGUAAUGUAAAUUAACAAACAACAUACUAAUGUAAAAUAUGGCCAAUGUGAAAUUUGUUCGGAAGGCUUACAAAAAAUUGUUUAAUAUGCACAAAUAUAUAUAAUGAUAGAUCGUAACACAAAGCAAUAUGGGUUGUUGAUGUCACUGCCUAGGCUACCGAAAUGGACUUUUUGGGCUUCAAAUAUGUCAUACUUUAAAAAAAAAAUUUUUGCUUUAAAUCGGAUGUAAUUUUUACCCAAAAAGUCUUGUCUAAACUAAUUAGCCCAGUCAAUCCAGGGUUUUACUUCGGAAAAAAUCUCUGUCUAAUUUGACUGGGCUAUGUUAUGUUAGGCGUAAAAUGGAUGUUCAAAUGUUUUGUUAUGAAACGAGUGAGUCGUGUAAAGGGCUAACAUUAUUUUAAGGGCUAAUUUCAAAAAUCAUUUCAUCAACAUAUUAACAAACUUAAAAAUGUCGAAAAAAGAUGUUAAUAUUUGAUGAAAUAUUCUCAUAUAGUAAUAAUUAAUUUUAUUGUCCCAAAAUAUACCAGUAGUGAAAUAAUAUGUAAAAUGACAAUAUUGUGUUUUCCGCACUCUUUGUGUAUAUCUUGUAAUCUUUUUAGCUCUUUCACUUUGGGGAAUAUUUAUUAAAAAAUUGUUAAUUUUGCAAAAUGUUCUUAAAGUAACUGAGCUAAAACCUUGUAAUCUCUUGUAAACUGUCAACUAGCUGUUAGAUCGUUGUUUAUCGAUUUUAUAUAAAACAACGAACACCAUGUAUAAUCCCCUUACAAAAUAUUCUACAAAAGAAAAAUAACCCCCUGUAUGUAUAAAGUGUUUUUAUUGACAAAUAAUGUCAGAAGUUUUUUAAGAAUUUUUUUAUUAAUCAUCAAAUAGUGAGAAAUAGUAAGUAGAAGUUUUAAGCUUACAAAAUUUGGUUUUUGCUUUUGUGGGAUUUUUUGUAUUUGUUAUAAUUAUUUUAAAAUUAAAAAAUCCAUAUUCGGUGAUUUUUAAAUUGUAAGUAAAGUUUAAUAAUAUUAUUUACAGUUAUUCAAAAACAAUUUUUUUAAACAGUUAUUAUUUUUGACAAAAUGUUCCAAAUUUCAAAGAGUUGUCUAACUGUUUGUAAACAAUGUUUUUAAUAAUUUAAAUAUCUCGGUAUGCCAUAGAUAAUUAAAAAUGAUCUCAUAAGACCUUAAUAAAGGUCUAUAACGUUAAAUACGAAUAGGCCUUUACCAUUGAUACCAUUAAGAUAUUAAACAAAGAACUCAUAGAUUUUACAUCAUAUGUAGUUUUAGUAAAUUUGCUAGCAAUGUAGUGUACAGUUACCUCCGUAACUUUUAUUAAUUAAUUUAGGUAAUUAUUAAUUAAUGUUUAACAGUUCCCUCCCUACAAAUAAACUUAAAUUCGCGUGGAAAUAUUCAUGGGCGUAGCCAGAAUUUUCAGCAGGGGAGGCAAUAGAAUUCAAAAUUUCUUUUUAAUUAAUAAUUUUCAACAGAUAAUUCAAUUGGCUUACAGUUUAGAAGCGUCCAUGCCAAUAAUAUUUUUUCCUUCGCCCAUGGAAAUAUAAUAUAAUUUUUUUUCGCAAUCAUAGUUUGUCAUAGAUGUUGCAAAUUAACAGGGAGUCCUUUUAACGGAGCCAUCUAUGAACAAAUAACUAAACUCCAUAACAAAACUCCAUUGUUGCUAAUUAAAUGUUGUUUUUAUUAAGUUUUAAAAUGUUGUUAUUGCAUAAAUAUUUAUUAUCACAUCAUAUCAUAUUGUGCGUUUUGUGAGCAUAUAGCGCUGGCUUGUGAAAGUGCGACUUAGUUUGUUUUUGACGGUUGACUUGACGCGGAGGUAACGAAAAAAGGUUCGUGUAGUAGCUCGGCUUGUACUUGUAAAAUAUGUUAAUUUUUGAGGCAUCCUGUAUAGUGUUACAUUUGAUGGAAAGUAAUUAAUAAUAAAUAAAUAAAUAAAGAAUUUAAAGACGAUUUAUUUUCACCCACAAAUGACUAAAAAGAGUCCUACCAAUAAUUUCGUCAUGGCCUCGUAUCGCAUCCAACAGCUCGAGUUUUGCCACACGGAGAUGUUUGGGGACCUGGUGCUCACCUGCAGGACUCCACCGAUGGAGACUGCGUCCAAAAGGAUGCUCAGACAGGUGCCCUACAGGAGAAGUUUCAGCAGCGACGUCAUCAUGCAGAGGAAUCCAGAGGUGGAGAAGAGAAGGGCCACUGCUUUGGUGGACCAAUUGUUGCUAGAUAUUUAUAGCAAUGUACAGUUUAGUACCGAUUAUAAUUCAGCUACUUCGGGAAAAAGUCAGAAGAGUGUUUGGGUAGAAGUGACUAAUUUUAGAUCGAAGGAUGCAGAUGAGCUGACUUCGAUAGUGAACUGCCUUAAGAUGCAUGUGGAGCGCAUGGGCAGCAUCCUGGUGCGUCAGCUGAAGCGCCGCGACGCGCUACGCCGUCAGCAGAACACUCACUGUGACGUAAUCACCAGGCAGCUUCGCAAACUGACCAGAGGUGACGAAGACAUGCGCUUUACCAUUCAGCCGGCAACCGGAGAGUCCGGGUACCAUCAAUGGGUGUCCGCCAUGAAGAUGGUCUCCCAACUACCCGGAGGCAUUCCUCCGGAGUUCAGAAGAAGGUUGUGGCUCACGCUUGCCGAACGGCAUCUUCAAGCUCGAGGUGUCGACUGGAACAAGGUCGAAAGGAAUUGUUUUAGUGAAUGGUCUCAUCCAGCGGACUCGGAAUUAGGUGUACAAAUAGUAAAAGACUUGCACAGGACCGGCUGUAGUUUAUUUUGCGGGGAAGACGGUCAAGAAAACCAGGCUCUUUUAAAAAGAGUUUUGUUAGCAUAUGCUAGAUGGAACAAAGCUGUUGGCUAUUGCCAGGGAUUCAACAUGCUGGCCGCCCUCAUUUUACAAGUGACCGACAAAUGCGAGUCUGAAGCUUUGAAAAUGAUGAUUUACCUCAUCGAAGGCGUCCUUCCGGAAUCCUAUUUCGCCGAUAGCUUAAGAGGGCUUUCCGUCGACAUGGCCGUUUUCAGGGAACUGCUUAGAACAAGGUUGCCACGUUUGUCAAAGCAUUUGGACACGUUGCAGAGUGCUGCCAAGGAUGGAAACACUAGCUACGAGCCUCCGUUGACUAACGUUUUUACUAUGCAGUGGUUUCUUACGUUAUUCUGCAACUGCCUGCCACAACCGACCGUACUGAGAGUGUGGGAUCUGAUAAUGCUUGAAGGAAACGAAGUGUUAUUACGGACGGCACUGGCCAUAUGGCAAACAUUGGCCGAAAGAAUAAUGACCGUGAGAAGUGCUGAUGAAUUCUACUGCAUCAUGGGUGUGUUAACCAGAGAACUUCUAGAAUCUGAUUUACUGGAUGCCAACUCCCUAGUCAAAGCUGUCGUCAGCAUAGGACCACUAACGGAGCUUAAACCCCUUCGAGAACAUUACAUGUACAACAUCAACCCUUGGGGUGGUAUACAACAGGCCGUAGUGGACAAACAAUUAAAGUUGUACCCCAGAGAACGACUUGCUCUGGAUAUUAGCGCUUUAAAGAAGCAGUAUGUUAAGUUGAAGCAAAGGCAGAGGCAGGCUCAUAUUAUUUUUAGUGCCGCUAUAUCCCGGCAGCCUCCUACUAGUGCCCCUGUUGCUAUGAAUCAUUUGUUGCUAGGGAAGAGUGCAUUGGUGCCUGCCAAGAGAUUGCCACCUCCAAAAGGUUCCAUUCCACCCGUACGUAUUAUAACCCCGACGACAUUGCACUGGAAAGACGCCCAAAAGAACGAAGACAGCUCCAGCGAUUCCAGCGACACUGAACUAUGCGACGAAGGUGGCGAACCUUCCGACAAUGAAGAACCAUGUCAAUUCGUCCAUGACAAUCCAACUUCAAAUGGUACAAAUCUUAUGAAAGAAGACAAUAUUAAACCACAAAUCAGUGCCACAAAAAUGUUAGAGGAGAAAGAGGAACUGGAAACUGCCUCUACUAGUUGUAAAGUAAAGAUUGAGCCUGCAGAAUCCGACGAUGAAAACUUUGAAUUCGAGCGAUUUCUAGCUGAUAGAGUGAGAUGUUUAAAGCAACAUAGUCUCCCUGAGGAGGACGUUAACCUCGAAACUGAAAAACUAAGGCUUGGCAGGAGAAACAGUGAGAGAGCUUUGCAAAUUAUACAAGAAAACUCCUUAAUUUUACAUAGAAUAUUGCAGUGUCAAUCUAGACUAUCCCCUUCACCGCCGCUUGUUGAUGCCAAUGAAGAAUUUCUCGAUAUAAGGUCAAGUCUAUCAGAACCUGAAAUUAAAUCUUCAAUGUCUCCUGCAUCACCUGAAUAUGGUAAUAAGUAUACAAGCAUAUUGGAAAAAAGUAAAAGUCUCGACGAGAAAUACAAUAAUCUAAUUUUAAAUCAAUCCAAGACAAGUACGAGUAAUGAGGGCUCUAUUGUAGAGGAAACAUUAAUUAGUUUGAGCCCUUGUAAGGAUACAGCAAAUUUAGGAGAUCUUACAGUAAAUUUAGAUAAUCCAACUGAAAAUUUAAAGGAAGAACUCAUCGUAGAAAAGCCUAAAAUACUAGAAAGCGAUGAUGCUCUCAGUUUUAACAUAGAAGAGUACAAGCGAAAACUAUUUAAAGACUCCUUUGCUCUUGAAGAUAAUAAGUCUUUAGAUUUACCAAUUAAUACAGAGGAUAUUCCAGUAGAAACUUUUACAAACAUAGAAACAAAUUCUGUAAUAGAUUCUUGUUCUUUAGAUGAAGAAAAUGUUAUACUAGAUUUAUCAAAUACUACAAAAGAUCUUUUAAUUAAACCCUUUAAAAAUAUUGAUAAAAUAUCACCAAUGGAUAAACUUACUUUACAAGACUUGCCAAAAACUACUGAAGUUGUUUUAAAAGAAGCUUCUGAAAACUUACUCACAGAAAAUUUGGCGUUGGUAGAAGAUAAUACGUUUUUAGAUUUGCCAACAACAUCUAAAGAUAUUCUGGGAGAACAUUCCCAAAGUAUAGAUAACAAAUCAACAAUUGAUAGCAAUAGUUUAUUUGAAAAAUACGACUUUAAACCAUUUAAUCUGGAUGACUAUAGAAAACCAGUUAUAAAUAAUGAAAACAUUAAAAAUAUAGUACAAAUAAAUAAUGAAGACAAAUCUUCAAAUAACCUAGAAAAUAAUUACUCUGACUAUAUUUCUUACAAAAUAAACGAUACCCUACUAACUAUUGCUGACGAUACAAAAUUUUCAAUUGAUGAAGACUUAAAUAAAGAUAAUAAUGACAUAGCUGAUAGUACGUUUAACGUUAGUUUAGAUGCCAAAGAAACUAAUUUAGAUGAUAAUAAAUUCAUAGACGUUACUGCUGCAAAAUCCGUACUUGUAACAACGCAUAAUGUAGAAGAAUUACCCAUGUUGACAAUAGAAGAGAUAAAGCAAAAAUAUUCCAAAACAAAAACCCAAAAUUCUUCGUUUUACGAAAAGAGUUUUAGUGAUGAUCAAAAGGAGACAUUCUCCAGGUUUACUAACUUUAAGAAAAUAUAUGAUAAUGAAGAAAAAUCAAAUGAUACAGAAGAUCCUCCUGAUGUUCCUAUAGAGGAAAUUUCCCCAAUUAACAGCAAGUCAAUUUUGGAUGAAGUAAAAAAUGUUGAAAAUGAUUCCGCCACGUCAACCUGCUAUAGCUACUUAACAUCUCCAGUAAGCGAGUUUUACCCACAACUAAGUAAAUCUGAUGAUGAAGUCAAGGAAAAUCUAAAUGAUAAAUAUACAAUUGACUAUACACGAACAUUACAAUCUCCCUCACCCGAUGUGUCAGGUGACAAAUCCCCCAGUAAGGUUUUUAACCCUUUUCCUGUAUCGCUGAGCUCAAGACAAAGUAAAGAGGUUCCGCUAAAGUUAGGUCUGUACAAAAAGUGACAUACUAUUAAUCUAUUCUUAUAAUGUAAGUGCUUUUAAAGAAGAAAGACUGCAAGUUGUUAACUUAUUGAAAAAAUCCCGGUGAUUUCAAUCAUAUAAUAUAUUAUUGAGUAUUAGGUAUUAUAUAGUUAUUAUGUUUAUUUUGAAUAAAAAGUAUUAUGAAACAAUAAUUAAAAUUAAAUCUAAUUCGAUACUUUUAGCAGCUAAUUCUUUAUUCUAUUAACUAGUUUAAUGGGUAAGUAAUAAAAAUAUUUUGUACAAUUUUAAUCGCAAUUUUGAUAUAAUGUCAAGUUGUUGAUAAAAGCGCUGUGCCACGUCCGUUCUAUACAUAUUGUAGAAAAUAUAUUUCCUUAUUAUUGUUAAAGAUAAUGUUGGUUUAAUAAAUAAG